AUGAAAAGCAUUAGUUGGAAUGUCCGUGGGUUGGAGAGUCCACGAGCAAUUAGGAGGCUGCGACAUUUUUUAAAGCAGCAUAAUCCCCAAAUGGUCUUCUUAAUAGAGACUAAAAUCGAUAAAAAAUGCAUGAAAAAAGCUAGGAGGAGUUGUGGUUUUAUGAAUGGCAUCGACAUUGAAGCUGAAGGUUCAAAGGGUGGACUAAGUCUAGCAUGGAAAGGAGAGUUAACAGUUGUUCUGAAGAGUUUUUCCAAGUGGCAUAUUGACGUAAUGAUAAAGGAAGGAGAUGCUCAAGAAGCUUGGAGGUUUACGGGGUUUUAUGGCUCCCCUUAUUCUAAUAAUAAAAGAACUUCAUGGGACCUACUAAGAAAAUUGGGUCAAGAUCAAGAUCUCCCAUGGAUAGUGUGUGGGGACUUCAACGAAAUUAUGUAUUCUUUCGAGAAAAGUGGAGGAAUUCAAAGGGAGCAAGGGAGAAUGGAGGCUUUUAGGGAGGUUCUAAAAGAAUCCCAACUAGUGGAUAUUGGGUACUCGGGGAAUUGGUUCACUUGGGAAAGGGGAAAUCUGCCAGAGACAAAUAUCAAGGAGAGACUGGAUAGAGGAGUCGCAAAUGAAAAAUGGAUGACUUUGUUCCCGUUGGGAAAUAUCUGUCAUCUACCAUAUUCUACAUCGGAUCAUCGUCCACUACUUUUAAACACAAACAGUGAUGAGAAAGAAAGGGACGAUGAAAUGAUGGCACAGAUCAUUGAUACAAAAAUCCAUCUUAAUAUGGAAAUCGAUAAAGAUGAAUUAUAUUGGGAACAAAGGGCAAGAGUAAAUUGGCUUCGGUUUGGAGAUAAGAAUACAGGUUUUUUUCAUAAGUGUGCUUCAACCCGCAAGCGAACCAACACAAUAUUUCGGCUGGAAUCAGAUGGAGGAAGGGAGAUUACAGACGGUGCAGAGAUUUGCGAGCUAGCUACCAUGUUCUUUCAAAGGCUGUUUAUGACGAACGGAGUUGGGGAUUCAUCUCAUUUGUUAAUGGGUAUUGUUAAUAAAAUUUCACAUGAGCAAUACAUUGCUCUAUCGUCUCCCUUCACAGUAGAAGAAAUCAAGAUUGCUUUAAAAAGAAUGGGGCCCACUAAAGCACCUGGCCCUGAUGGCUUCCCAAAUUUUGAGGGCCUUAACAAUACAGAUAUUGUGCUCAUUCCUAAGGUCCCAAGUCUUACUAAACUAGUUAACUUUAGGCCUAUUAGCUUAUGCACGGUUAUUUACAAAAUUGUGGCAAAAACAAUAGCAAAGCGCCUUCAAGGAGUCAUUGGUAGCUGUAUCGAUACUGUCCAAAGUGCCUUUGUUCCAGGACGCCUCAUUUCUAAUAAUGUACUUCUAGCAUAUGAAAUCUUACAUACGUUUCGACAAAAGUGCACAGGGAAAAAAAGCUAUAUGGCAGUGAAGCUAGACAUGAGUAAAGCCUACGAUAGAGUUGAAUGGGAUUUCCUAAAGGCAGUUAUGCUACAAAUGGGGUUUUCUAGAGAAUGGGUUGGAUUGAUUAUGAAAUGUAUUACUACAGUUUGUUAUACUGUUAAUAUAAAUGGAAUGAAUGGGAGAACCUUUCUAACUUCUAAGGGGCUUCGUCAAGGCGAUCCACUUAGUCCGUUACUUUUUCUUAUUUGCAGCGAGGGGCUUUUGUCAUUGACAAGAUUAGCAAUGGGGGAAAGUUUGCUAAAAGGUGCAAAGGCAAGCCGAAGGGGGCCAGAAAUUUCUCAUUUACUUUUUGCGAAUGAUUGCAUUUUAUUUAGCGAAGCAACAAUUAGGGGUACGACAAUUCUGAAAGAAAUACUUAAAGAAUAUGAAUACUGCUCAGGCCAAUGCGUGACUUUGGAAAAAUCUACAAUUUUCUACAGCUCAAGUACACUUGGAGACAAAAAAGAUAAAAUUCCAUCUCUAGUUGGAGUUAGAAGUUCAACAAAUAUUGAAAAGUACUUGAGACUACCUAAUGUUGUCGGAAGAAGGAAAAAAGAGUCUUUUCAAAAUCUAAAAGAAAGUGUCUCUAUGAGAAUCGAAGGUUGGAGUACAAGAUUUUUAUCCCAAGGAGGAAAGGAAAGUUGGAAAGCAUUUUUGCGAAGUUCUGGUGGCAAAAAGGCAAUGGGAGAAGAAGAAUUCAUUGGUGCCUAUGGAGACAUUUGUAUCGUGCCAAAAAAGAAGGCGGUAUGGGGUUCAGAAAUUUUAGAAAUGCUAGUUUUUAUUCUGGUGAGGUCAAUUCACAAGAUUUUUAAGGUUGCUGAGUUAAUCAAUAAUAACGUAAGAGAAUGGAAUAGGGAGUUGAUUGUCAAUACCUUCCCAGAAGAAGCAGCAGGUAAGAUCCUCGGUAUCCCACUGGCAAGAGAACCUCAUGAGGACUUUCAGACUUGGAGCGGUGAACCUUCGGGUGAAUUUUCAGUUCGUAGUGCCUAUAAACUAUUACAAAGCUUGGAUCCUAGAGCUUACGCUUUACAAACCAACUACAAGGAAUUCUAUAAAAAAUUAUGGAGCAUAGAUCUACCACAUAAAAUUUUAAUCACCAUCUGGAAGAUUUCAUGGAAUUAUCUGCCUACUCGAGUGAAUAUUCUUUGUAAGAAACUGACAAACAGUACAUUAUGCCCUCAAUGUGGUGAAGAACCAGAAACGAUGAACCAUCUUUUCCAUCAUUGUCCUGUAUCAAUAUCAGUAUGGAGAACUUUAUCAACUUUAAACAGUAUAAAGGAAACAAACUUAGAUUUUGAACAGUGGCUUGCCAUGACUCUUAUUCUCCACCCUCAACCUCUCUGCAAACUGUUUUGCUGCGCGUUAUGGGCCAUCUGGGGAGACAGAAAUACUCGUGUACAUGACAAAACAAAAAGAUCGGGUCAGGAGAUUGCAAGCUUUGUUCUUAGCUAUUUAGAAGAACUGGAAGCUGUUAAGAACAACAAGCCUAAUAUCGUCAAGGAAGUUAAAAAGUGGAAACCCCCACCUAGGCAGUUAAUAAAAAUAAAUUUCGAUGGAGCGUUUGACGAGUGUAAUGAACAAUCGGCCUCUGGGAUAGUAGCCAGAAACAGUGAAGGGUUUGUUCUCCUAUCAUGUACAAAGCUUCAUUUUGGAAUGCCCUCUGCCUUCGCUGCCGAAGCGUUAGCUUGCAAGACAGCAACCAGGAUAGGUUUCGACAUGCAAGGGAAGGAAAUCGUCAUUGAAGGUGAUUCUUUAUCUAUUAUUAAAAGAUGUAAUGCUAAAGGGGAAGAUAAAUCGAAGAUAGGGGCCUUUAUACAUGAUAUCCAUCAGUUAAAAUCCAGAUCGGGCAAUUUCAAGUUUUAA